GCGCCGCCAGGCCCGGUCUCCCGGCGGCGCGGGGCGGGCUCGGCCGCGGAGGGAGGACGCGGCGGGGGCGCCCGGCCCGGGCCGCCCGCUCGGGCAGACGGCGGGGUGCGCGCCCGGCGCCCAGCUUUGUUUCACUUUCGCUGUCAGCGGCCGCCUCUGCGCCCCCAGCCGCCGGCGGGACCCGGGGAGAGCGGGCCUCUGCGCGGAGGGGCCCCCCACCGCCCGGGAGAGUGGGGGGCGCCCAGCCUGCAGGGGUGACGCCCGGAGCGGCGGGUGCCCAGGCGCCGGGCGGCGCGCCCGCAGGUCUGGGCGGGAGUCGCCGAGCCCCUUCCGAGCGGCGGCCGUGGUGGCCCCGGCGUCAGCGCCGCGUCUGCACGGCGGACGGCGGACGAGGGUCGUUCUUGCCUCGGCGCGCGGCGGGAGCUUCCCCAGCCCGCGUGGCCGUGGCGGACGCCCGCGGGUGCGAGAGCCCGGCGUUCGGGGCCGCCCCCAGCAGAGUCCGAAGCGCGGGGGCAGGGGGGGCGGUCCCGGGCGACGGGCGCGGGGGGCCCGGUGCACACCUGCCUCUGCCCUCGUUGGCUCGCAGCUGUCAGCAGGAGACGGCGUGGCGGUCGGGGGGCCUCGGGCCCCACGUGGCGGUCUCCGUGGGCAGCGCGACCUUGUCACGCAGAGGCAGGAAGCUGGACACACGCCGCUCGUUCUCCCUUCCCACCGCCUUGCCCCGAAACCCCAGUUGCGGGACAUCGCGGGGUGUGUUUGGGAUGGGCUCGGGGGCCCUCCCCGCGCAGAGGCGGCUUCUCCGGGGUCUCGGCCAGCAGGAGGGGUCGCGGCCUGGCCCAGAGGAACCACUGCUGCUGGCUGAACUCAAGCCCGGGCGCCCCCACCAGUUUGAUUGGAAGUCGAGCUGUGAAACCUGGAGUGUCGCCUUCUCCCCAGAUGGCUCCUGGUUUGCUUGGUCUCAAGGACACUGCAUUGUCAAGCUGAUCCCCUGGCCGCUGGAGGAGCAGUUCAUCCCUAAAGGGUUUGAAGCCAAAAGCCGAAGCAGCAAAAAUGAUACAAAAGGGCGAGGCAGCCCAAAGGAGAAGACUCUGGACUGUGGGCAGAUUGUCUGGGGUUUGGCCUUUAGCCCGUGGCCUUCUCCACCCAGUAGGAAGCCCUGGGCACGCCACCCUCCUCAAGUACCAGACGUGUCUUGCCUGAUCCUUGCUACAGGACUCAACGAUGGGCAGAUCAAGAUUUGGGAGGUGCAGACAGGGCUCCUGCUUUUAAAUCUUUCCGGCCACCAAGAUGUUGUGAGAGAUCUGAGCUUCACACCUAGUGGCAGUUUGAUUUUGGUCUCUGCAUCUCGGGAUAAGACUCUUCGAAUUUGGGACUUGAAUAAACAUGGUAAACAGAUUCAGGUGUUAUCGGGCCACCUGCAGUGGGUUUACUGCUGUUCCAUCUCUCCGGACUGCAGCAUGCUUUGCUCUGCAGCUGGAGAAAAAUCGGUGUUUCUAUGGAGCAUGCGGUCCUACACAUUAAUCCGGAAGCUAGAGGGCCAUGAAAGUAGUGUUGUCUCUUGUGACUUCUCGCCUGACUCUGCUUUGCUUGUCACGGCUUCUUAUGAUACCAACGUGAUUAUGUGGGAUCCUUACACUGGCGAGAGGCUACGGUCACUCCACCACAGCCAGCUUGAACCCGCGAUGGAUGACAGUGAUGUCCACAUUAGCUCCCUGAGAUCUGUGUGCUUCUCUCCUGAAGGCUUGUACCUUGCCACUGUGGCAGAUGACAGACUCCUCAGGAUCUGGGCUCUAGAAAUGAAAACUCCGAUUGCAUUUGCUCCUAUGACCAAUGGUCUUUGCUGCACAUUUUUCCCACAUGGUGGAGUUAUUGCCACAGGGACAAGGGAUGGUCACGUCCAGUUCUGGACAGCUCCUAGGGUCCUGUCAUCACUGAAGCACUUAUGCCGGAAAGCCCUUCGAAGUUUUCUCACAACCUACCAAGUGCUAGCACUGCCAAUCCCCAAGAAAAUGAAAGAGUUCCUCACGUACAGGACUUUUUAAGCAACGCUACAUCAUCUUGUUUUCUCUGUAGCAGGAUAAAUCUCCCUGGCAAAGGAGUAGCUGGAAUAAUGGGCCAAACGUCUAGUCUUGGGUUGAAAUAGAAUUUCCCUUUGGGAUUGCAGAUAGAAUGUAGCAAAACCAGAUGCCAGUGGACGAGUCAUGGAUCUUUUUCCCCACCACACAUGAAAGUCAGACAUGGAGGAAGGAUUCCACUUCCGUGGCCACAGAGCUUUAUCUUCAAUCUUCAGUCCACUUACUAACAAUUUUGAACUCAUUCUAGUAGUUUUGAUUCAAAAUAUAGUUAUUGAUGUUUUGGUGAGAAGAGUUGACUAGGCCUCAACAGCCUCGAGAGCCCCUCUCUAGUGGCAGAGGGUUUAAACUCCCUCUACUGGGACAUGUGGCUUCUGCCUGGUUCCUGUGUUUCACAUGCAGCAGUGGCACUGUUUCAAGUUCUCUCCUGUUGGAGUUGCUUUGUUGUUGGCAAGUCUUUCUUCCUCUAGCUCCCCUCUGACUAGUGGGACAGUUUCCCUGGAGCAGUCUCUGGUGUGAGGUAGUAACUUAGCUUCACUAAAUUACAGAUGACUCAGAGGCUGUGCCCCUGACUGAUACAGACACUAUAAUUGGCUCUUUUUUUUAACAGUGGUGUGCAUGUGCAGAUGACAAAUUUAUAUGUUUAUAUGCCAGGAUACACAAGAAUUUAUUUCUAAAUUGCAUGACUGUUCAGAUGGCUGAGUUGUCAGUUGUUUGCCUUCAUUAGCAUAUUUAUUUGUAUUUUCUCAACAGAUGUUAAGGUACAACUGUGUUUUUCUUGAUGGUAUCUGAAAACCAUAGUACUUAAGUCGAACAGUUGUGAAGAAUGUCUCCUUAAUUGUGUAAAGAAUUGGAGGUGUCAUCACUUCACCUGAUCUUCUCAUGUAUGAGGUCUGACUUUGCUGCUUCACCUCAUUGGACUAACGAGCCAGUUUCAGUUCUAUCCGUAAACAAACACAGCUCUUUACAAGUACUGUUCUCCUUCAGUGAAGUAUAGUUAUCUAAUCAAGACACCUCAUUCAAGCAAAAUCUGCCUUUGGAAAAUUUUAAUAUAUUUUAAAUUAUUUUAAAAGAAAUGCAACAUCUUAUCCUUUGGCUUUCUUAAUAGGUGCUUUAUGGAGGCCAGUGUAACAAAAUGUGUUGAAAAAGUAGGAGUCUCUACUGCCUUUGUUGCUGAAGAAAAACAUUUCUUUUCAAGAUGAGAAACUUUCAUUGAAGGAAAAAGUUAAAAAGC